AAAAUAAAAUUUUAAAGAAAAAUUUCUUUGUAAGCAAGGCGUCACGCAGUUGAAUCACAGCCAAAUCUCAUUUUCAAAAGCUUUGUUUCUCAUCAGCACCAGAAGAGAGAAGCUCAACAAAUCUCAAGCUUUUUGAAUUUUCCUUUCUCAUCAAGAGGUCACGCGAUCUAAUACCGAAAACCCCUCACUGCAGCCAAUUUUCAAUUAUUUUUUUCGAAUAUUUUCUGGAACAUGAACUGAGGCGUGCAUUUCUAUAAAUUCUCUUGUGGAGCAUGAAUUCGAGGGCGUGAAGCAUCGUAUUAUGGGAUCGGCAUGUCGAAUAAUAACAGCAGUCUUCCUUAUUCCCCUGCCAAAGAAAAGGCCGGAGGAAUGCGAGGCCCGUAUAACAGGUUGCUACUCGUUCAGAAGCUCAGGCAUUUGCUCACUCAUAUCGGCUCUGUGAGAAUCAAAAUAUUGCUUCCAAUCUGUGUUAUUCUUGCUAUUAUUCUCCUUGCCGGCCGAGCCGCAUCGUUUAUGGGAUGGAAACAUUAUAAUCUCCUGCCGGCACGCGCACAGUCCAGGAAAGGCUACACAGUGCUAAUUAAUACCUGGAAGAGGAAUGACCUUUUGAAGCAAUCUGUUUCACACUAUGCAGGUUGUAGUAGUGUUGAUGGAAUAAACGUGGUCUGGAGUGAGAUUGAACCACCCUCAGAGACUCUUCAGGCUGAUCUUAGAAGAAUUGUGCGUCAUAAAUCUCAAAGCAGUAAAAAACCUGACUUCAGGUUUAACCUGAAUGAAGUGGACAACCUCAACAAUAGAUUUAGGCCAAUCCCGGAUUUAAAAUCAGAUGCUGUAUUUUCUGUUGACGAUGAUGUUAUAUUUCCUUGCUCUACUCUUGAGUUUGCAUUCAGUGUAUGGCAAAGUGCUUCAGACAGUAUGGUGGGUUUUGUACCACGCAUGCACUGGGUUAAGAAAAAUGAUGCCAAACAUUUCACAUAUGGGGGAUGGUGGUCUGUGUGGUGGAUGGGUUCAUACAGCAUGGUACUUUCGAAGGCAGCAUUUUUACACAAAAAGUACCUAGAUAUGUACACUAAUCAGAUGCCAGCAGCUAUUCGAGAGUAUGUAAUCAGGGAAAGGAAUUGUGAAGAUAUUGCAAUGUCUUUCCUUGUCGCAAAUGCAACUGGUGCUCCUCCCAUCUGGGUGAAAGGUCAAAUUUUUGAGAUUGGCUCAACUGGUAUUAGUAGCUUAAAGGGACACAAUGAAAGACGAACUCGUUGCUUGAAUGACUUUGUUUCUCUUUAUGGGCAUAUGCCCUUAGUGGCAGGUAGUGUCAAGGCUGUUGAUGCUCACCACAAAAUGUUCUGGUAGUCAUGUUACUGUUUAUGAGCUUUUUGUUGAUGCUGAAAUCUGCUCAUGUAUUUUGUGCAAGUGUUGUACCAUAUAGUACCUUCAUUUGGUUGCUGAGUGUACUUGAAAGAUAUUUUUUCUAGUUCUGUUGCGGAUUUCCAUCGAUAUAGAUAGAUAGUUGAUUUGGGUUGCAUAUUAUCUAUUUUAAUUGUUUACAUUGAUAUUGAAGUGUACUUAAAGGUGAAAAUCGCCCUUAAAUAUACUUUAUUCAUCUUGGGUGAUUUUAAACUUUAUGAAGAACUGUCACUCUUAAUGGGUAUUUUUGGAAGUGUUACUUUCAUUAUUAUUCAAUCCCAGAUCUUGUAUUGCUGCUAAAUUGAAGCUAUUGGAAUUCAAUAUUCUUGAAA